AUGUCCAAAGUUAUCCUCCAUCUAAGAGCUGAAACUAAACCAUUAGAGGCCAGAGCCGCCCUUACACCUUCGACAGCCAAGGAAUUGUUAGAUACAGGAAGAUUUGAAAUCUUUGUUGAGGAAAGUAGUCAAAGCACUUUUGCAACCGAAGAGUAUAAAAAGGCGGGCACAAAUAUUGUACCGGAAGGUUCCUGGGUUGAUGCCCCAAAAGAGAGAAUAAUUCUGGGGCUGAAGGAACUCCCAGAGGACACUUUUCCCUUAGUACACGAGCAUAUUCAAUUUGCACACUGCUACAAAGACCAGUCCGGCUGGAAAGAUGUGUUAAAAAGAUUUCCCGAAGGAAAUGGCACUCUUUAUGAUCUGGAGUUCUUGGAAAAUGAUAAUGGAAGAAGAGUAGCUGCUUUUGGCUUCUAUGCAGGAUUUGCAGGCGCUGCUCUUGGGAUUCAAGACUGGGCGUUCAAACAGACCCAUGCGGAUCAUGAGAAUUUACCCGGUGUUUCCCCCUAUGGCAACGAGCAAGCCUUGAUCGCCGACGUUAAAAAAGAUUUGGAUGUUGCCGUUUCCAAAACUGGAAGAAAACCAAAGAUCUUGGUUAUUGGUGCCCUUGGUCGUUGUGGAUCUGGUGCUAUUGACUUACUUAAGAAAGUGGGUAUUCCCGAUGAGAACAUCUCUAAGUGGGACGUUAACGAAACCAGUAUCGGAGGCCCUUUCAAACAAAUUGCAGAGUCCGACAUAUUCAUUAAUUGUAUAUACCUCUCACAGCCAAUUCCUCCUUUUAUCGACUUGAAUACUCUAAACUUCGAGGACAGAGCUCUAAGAACAAUUGUGGAUGUUUCUGCGGACACCACCAACCCACACAAUCCAAUCCCUGUUUAUACUGUUGCGACAGUAUUUUCAGAUCCAACGGUUCCGGUAGAAACCUCCAAAGGACCUAAACUUUCUGUUGUUUCUAUCGACCAUCUUCCAUCCUUGUUACCCAGGGAAGCAUCAGAGUUUUUUGUCAGAGACUUAUUGCCUUACUUGAAACAGUUACCGGAAAGGAAGACUGCUCCCGUUUGGAAAAGAGCUAAAGAUUUAUUUGAUCAUCAUGUCGAAAGACUUUAA